AUGGUUUUUAAGCCGUUUACUCACCUCGCGCGACAAAACUUUGCCAAAGCCUUCACGCAUGGCUACGCUCAGUCGGUAGUUGCUGCAUCGCAGUCCACAUACGCCUCGUCAUCGACAACCCUUAAUCCGCUAGCCACCACCGCCAGCUCUCUCAAAUUCCACCGCACAUCCCAACUCCAGAGUACCUUCCAGAACGCAUCCAGUUCAUCCGGUUCCGGUGCCAAGGCUGGCCAAGCCACAUCCAAUUCGGGGGAUUCGGGGCUAGCCGCGUACUAUGCUGCCUGGCAACAUGCUCAGCAAACAGGUGACGAUAGCGAUUGGAGACAGUUCCAGUUCAAGAGGCGGAUAGGAUGGAAGCCAAAGGAUGAAGUCGCAGAUAAGGGUCAGAACGUACCAGAGGACAAAACUCCGCGGGACUUGAAAAAGGCUGCCGUCAACGUCGAUGUCAGCGCCAAGGUUGAAGAAGCCGUUGCUCGUGAAAUCCAGAUCCAGGAGGAAAAUGCCGAAGCCGAGGAUGACGCAGCGACGGUUGUCGCCGCUGCUGAUGAACAUGCAGUGGACUCGGAGACUGCCCACGAGGUGCCAAUCGAUGCAACUGCGACGAAAUCCAUCGUUGCAUCAGGCAGAGUUGUGCAGUUGGCAGUGGAGGAAAAGUAUGCCGAUAUCCCAGCUGCUUUCGAAGCGAUCCUCAGAGACGGCGUUACGCCUACCGUCGAAGCGUACAACUCCUUGCUUCAAGCUGCUAUCAAGUUGCAUUCCGAUUCGUAUCAUGCCGUUCCCAAGGCACUCGACGUAUAUUCCGACAUGCUACGCCGCCGUGUCAUCCCAAAUCAGGAAACAUACAAGACGCUUAUUGCAGUUUUGGUUUCACGCGCCGUCGAGAUCUCCGCUUCAGGGGCCGCUCUUGAGAAGCAGCGCAUUCGUUUUGGCGGUCUAGAGGAACCCGGUAAAUUCCUGUUCCGGUCUAGCGAAAUCGAGAAGGAACUCGUCUCAGAAGAUCACUCACUCACCAUCGCCCUCAAGCUUUUCGAUGCCGCAACCAGUCGACACAGCGAAAUGGUCUUUCCCUUGGAAGUUUACAAGUCGUUGAUCAUUACUUGUGCUGAAGAAGGCCGCGUCGAAGACAUGAUCCGGAUCUAUGCUCACAUGGAAACGCAAAAACUCGUUCCUCAUGCAGCCAUUUUCCCCUCGAUGAUUCGCGCGUUUGCUAAGAUUGGCGACUUGAAGAGCGCUGUCGAAUGUUACAACGAAUACCGGGAACUCGCAAUGGCCGACGAUAACGGUGUGUUCAGUAUCGUGGAACGCCGAGACGGUCAGGUCUAUGCCGCUCUAGUUGGAGCCUACUUCUCAUGCGGAAAAAGCGAGGGUGGAAUGCGCUUCUUUGAACGCAUUCGCUCGUCGUAUGACAACGUGCAGGAAGACAAAGCAUCUCGCCUGGAGGCUGUCGAGUCGACCAUCAUCCGCGACGCUCUCGUUCAAUCAUCUCUCGAUGCUGGGAAUUUCGAAGAAGCUGUGAAACAGGCAACAUCUAAUCUUCAAGCCGCCGCUCUGCAGCAGGCCAUGGCCAAGAUCUGCGUCGCUGCCGCUGACGCAGGAAGCGUUGCAGUGGCCGUGGAAUCGUAUGAUCGGCUUGCCGCUGAAUCCGUGCAUGCUAUUGGCUCGGCGGUGCCCAUGCUAGCGUUGCAUGUUCGACAAGGCAAUGUGCUCGCUGCUCGUACAUUCUGGGCCAUCUUGAGCAACCUCGAUCAGACAACUUCGGAUUUGAUUCAACCCACCACCAUGUAUGCUGUCGCCUUGCUCAAGAGCGGUCACAUCGAGGAAGGGUUGAUGGAAGCUCGUAAGAUGUUCGGACGUAUUCGCAAAGAUACUGCUGCGCAACAGAUGGUCCAAUUGCCUAUUCGGGAAGAGAUUGAUGAGGCUAUCGAGCUUCUCGGUCGGGUUCUCAUGAUGGAGUCCGGUAUGGUGAUUUCGGCUCCUGCUGCCAUGACUCUAGUCCGAUGCAUGGUGGAAAAUGGUGGCCUAGUCUCGCCAAUUGCCGAGCAUGCUAUUUCAAGCCUAGGUCCCAUGGGUAUUUCAGAACUCAGUGUCGACGAUUUGACUCUUGCUCUUCAAGUUCAAGCGGGAAUGAUCAUCAACCACGAAUUUACCUUUAACGCUCCUCAUCUUGUUCGCUUUGCCCACAUGGUUGACGUCGCUCUAUCUACCGGUGUACCUCUGGAUGUGUACACCUCACGUCUGGUCGACCAGGCUAUUCUGAAGUUUUCUGAUAGCCGGCCUGACCUCGUGAGGAGAUGGCAGGACCAGUUUGUGCCUGUUGCUAGACAGCAGUCUGUUGGUUCUAGUCGGUACACCCCUGUCUCGGAAACUUCGUCGCAAAUCAACUCUUCUGUCACCUCUGAGGAUAGCUACGAUCCUUAUGCUUACUCGACAGACUACCGUGGUUCUUCGAUCAUCUCCGAUGAACUGGAAGCCACGUCCAAGCGAAUCGAUAGUCAUCUCAAUGAAGCACUGACAAAGUUGCGCAACAUUCGUCGUCUCGGUCGCCAUCCUCGGUAUAUUACCUAUGCCAAGCUCAUCAACGCUGCUGCCAAAUGCGGGCGUAUGAAUAUUGCCAACGAUAUCCUUGCCAUGGCCCGACAUGAUGUUCCCCUUCUUCCUCAAUACAGUGCUGUUCGCUAUGGCUGGAGUUCGAUCCUGGAUGCCAUGGUUGCUGCUUGUCUGACCGUAGGCGAACGCGAUCUGGCCGCUCAGUAUCAUCAAGAGUUGUUGCAAAUCGGUUCUGCUCCAUCUGCAAAUACUUUUGGGUUGUACAUCACCACCUUGAAGGAGUCUACCAAGACCUUCGACGAAGCUACCGAAGCUGUCAAAAUAUUCCAUCGUGCUAUCGCCGAAGGUGUCGAGCCUACUUCAUUCUUGUACAAUGCGCUUAUUGGCAAGCUUGGUAAGGCUCGUCGUAUUGAUGACUGUCUUUUGUACUUUGCCGAGAUGCGAUCCAACGGUGUCCGACCAACCAGCGUCACAUACGGUACCAUUGUCAACGCUCUUUGCCGGGUUAGUGAUGAACGGUUUGCCGAGGAGAUGUUUGACGAAAUGGAGUCGAUGCCAAACUACAAGCCUCGUCCUGCUCCUUACAACUCUAUGAUUCAGUAUUUCCUCAACACCAAGCGUGACCGCAGCAAGAUCCUUGCUUACUAUGAACGGAUGCGCUCACGCAACAUUGAGCCUACUAUGCAUACCUAUAAACUUCUCAUUGACGCUCACGCAUCCUUGGAGCCGGUCAACAUGGAAGCCGCCGAACAGGUUCUCGAGACUAUCAAAGCGUCUGGCCAACGACCAGAGGCAGUCCAUUACGCCUCUCUGAUCCACGCCAAGGGCUGUGUACUCCACGACAUGGACGGAGCUCGCGCUCUAUUCGACAGCGUCAUCUCCAACCGCGACAUCCGCGUGCAACCCUGUCUGUACCAAGCCCUCUUCGAAGCCAUGGUCGCCAACGGUCAAGUCUCCUCUACCACUGAUCUCGUCAGCAGCAUGGGCCGUCACGGUAUCGAGAUGACACCUUAUAUUGCCAACACAUUGAUCCAGGGCUGGGCUGCGGAGGGUAACAUAUCCAAAGCCUACGAGAUUUACAACAGCGUGGGAAUCGAUAAACGCGAACCAAGUACCUACGAAGCAAUGACUCGUGCAUUCGUUGCAGCCGAAGAACGCCCCAGUGCCGCUGCCGUUGUGCAAGAGAUGCUUUCUCGCGGAUACCCAGCUGCCGUCGCCGGCAAGAUUGUCGAUAUGGUCGGUAGUUCUGUAUCAGCUCCGAUCGCACACUUUUAA